GAUCGCACGAAGUAAGCAGCAUCCACGAUGGGGAACCAGACGUCGACAUACAACCCGGCGCGGGAAUCGGCCGAGCUCGGACGCCGUCCAAAUGACCAUGAACUCAUCCUUCUCUUCAAGAUGCAGACCAAGUUUCUUGUGCGACUGGUCGAAUGUCCCUACCACGUGAGUCUUCUCGAGCGAUACUGGGACAGCAUGUACGGUAAUCACGCCAGCAACAACCAUGCGAUACCGUUCCAGCGGAAGGGAUCGGGAUGGCGCGACAUUGGGUUCUCCACGGACAACCCCGCCGACGACAUUCGCGCGACGGGCGAGCUCGGCCUCGAGUGUCUCGUGUUCUUUGUGGAAAACUACCCCGGGGAAGCCCGCAUGAUGAACAAUCGCCAGCUUGGUUAUCCGUUUGUCAAGGCCGCGGUCGCCGUCACACGCGUACUCAUGGAGAUCUUCCACGUCGUCCAAUUAGAUGGCUCCCGCGGGUCAUACCCUGUCCGCGACACGCUGUACUGGCAGCUUCUAGACUCGGACUUGAGUCUGUUUCGGUUGUUUGCGUUCUGCUUUCUCAUGUUCGACGAACUCUUCUGCGACCAUGUUGCCACGACAAAGGCCUUGCCAUUAACCAUGUGCCCGCCCUCCACGGUCGCAAAGCUGGCGGACGUCGGCAAGGAAAAGCUCCUCGCGACGCUACGACGGGCUCCAGCACACCUCACCGAUCUCACUGUAUGUCAACUUGGUCAAAAGUAUAUGUUUAUGAAAGCAAACUACUCGUUGCAUCGAUUUCUAGAGUUUAUAUUCCAUAUAUAAUGUCCAUCACACUAAUACAUGGCAUCCAUACAAUGAUAUCCAAGGAUUUGGGUUGGGUAUGAGGAUGCAUUUCGCCAAGUUGAUAUGCUUAACAUAUAUUACUUUAGUAUUGUGCUUUCGAGUGAAAUUUCAUUGUGUUGUGGUUUCUCGUUGGAAUUUAAAUCGAUUUGAUUGGCUACCUCAGAUGAGCUCAAAAUUAUUAGCCAAUCAAAACCUUCUCAAUGAAAUUCAACCAAUCAGAUCGAUUGUGGAUCCGUUUGGUCGGCGCGAUUCGAUUGCACCCCCAAAAUAUUGUAUCAAAUCGACAAUAUUACCAUUGGUAUUUUUUGUGAAAGCAAAAACUAGUUGAUCGAUUUUUCUAGUGUAUAUUUUCCUUGUUUCGAUGAUACUAAACACAUUGUGAAGGAUGAAAAAAAAAAUAAAAAAUAUAUAUAUCGUGUUUGGAGUUGCGUAGGAUCUAUGCGCCAACGGCCAAGUGCUGCGCCGUACCAACUUCAAGGUCGACGUCGACGACCGCAAACCUAAACCUUCUCCGUGGACCAAGUCGCCGUCGAAAGACCCCCAGCCCUUGAUGACGUCAUCACAUUGCAGUUUAUUCGACGGGCUCGUUCAAAAGUAGUCACCAAGUGUGGGGUGUUUGCUACAGCUGCAGCGCAAUCGUAUGGCCGAGGGCUGUGGGUGGUUGUCUGCUGUACUGCGCCUGCCAGGAGUGUGUAGUUAUGUAAAGUACAAUCAUAUCAUCCAAAAAUGAUAUAUAUAAAUAUAUAUAGUGGGACAAAAGUACAUGGGACAGACCCCGCACUGGACAUAUAUAUCAUUUUCAAUCGUUUGUACGAACUUGAAGUUGAGAUUUAGAUACAGAUGGUUGAUGCGAACGUAC